GCAGAUAUGCGUACACUUUUGAAAAAUACACCGUCGCUGUUGACAGUUGAGUGUUAGUAGCAGUGCUAGUGUCUGUGUGCAACCCUGCUCAUGUCACACGAUGACGGAGGUGAAUGGAAAUUCAGUAAAAGGCUCUACCGCUGAGGGUAAAGAACUCAACACGGGCGUGGCACCGCUGGACGUUGAUUCGCUUGCGUUUUCUACGCCCGGAAUCGCCUCACUUUUAGGCCGCUGGCAAUUUUACGCCAGGAAUAGCCCGACAGAUGGAUUCAGAUUAGUGUCCCCUACGUAUGGGUUCACCGCUUGUAAGGGUGGUCGUGGAAAAUACGAUCCUGACAGAAAGGGCCCGGCGACUGGCAGAGCAAAUCCUCGAGAUGCUAUAAGUGAAGAACCAGAGGACGAGGAUGAACAGGCUGAAAUUACCGGCGGAGAUAUAAUCCCCGACGAGGACGAAGAAGAAACUGUUGGCUUAUCCACCAAGUACAAUUUUGUGGGAGUCUAUGGCUACUUUCAUGCAUUAAACACGGCUGCACAACCUACUGAGCCCUCCAUGAAUUGGAUCCAGGGACAUUUCGAUAUAGCAGAACCGAGAGAUAGGACCGACGACAAUGAACACCAGGUUCAUUUCUUCUUGCGAAGGAAUAGCAUUAUAUUCGGACAUGCUGGUUCAGAUGUACCAGCAGCCCCUCUAGAGGACGGCAGCAAUAUAUCAGAUUCUUUAGUUAGAAGAUUAUCAGUGACACGGGUAUCAAAGAUUAUGACAGAAAGUGAAGACAAGAAUCGACCAAAUCCCAGUGACACGUUAAAGGAUAUACAAGUAGAUGAUUUGAUUGUCACAGUUGAAGACGGAUCAUAUGAAGGAAUAAGUCUAUUGGCAAGAUGUAUACACGAGCCUCCUGGCAGGAAAUACUCAACGGCUAGUGGCAGGGAGAGUAAACGGCCAAGCAUUGGGACUGAUAUGGACGAUAGUAACCCGAGAAAGCGAAAUUCGAAUGGUGUUUAAUUCAUUAUCAAGUGACUCGUGAUCGCACUAUAGAAACCUCUGCGUGUUAGACUGUAGCCAUCAUCAACGUGCUUAUAUUCCUGGGUGGACCAAGUGGGUGGAGGUACAUCGGAUACACACUGAAGGACAGUACAGCCGCAGCAAGUUGGGAUUCAGAUCAGCAGAGGACUGAACCGAGAUCGACAUCUGAUACUCUAGGGCACUAGGCUAAUUCUUCAGCCAUUUUCAUGCCAGGUAACCACUUAUUAGUAAAUAUUAGUCAUUGUAAGAGAGCGUCUGCUCAGCGUGUAGUCAGACGAGCCGAGGUACGAACAUUGGUUCUGAUUGAACAAGAGCUUAUGACGGCUCUCACGCAAAAGAAACGUACACGAUCAGAUUUAUGAGCAUCAAACUGCAAUAUAUUUGAAUCAUUCACUAAGGUGACUCAAAUGCGGCAGAUACUGCCUUGAACUUCACCCAUUUUUUCUUUUAUUAGACGUGGACUGUACACAUACCAAUGCGAAUAUCUCGUACCCUAAAGUCAGUACACUCGACUUCCAGAAAAUUAGAUAUUCGAAGUUUAUUAUGAGAAAGCUGAUAGAGAUUUGUAGUUCAGACGAUGCUUUAGCUAUAUUUCCGUAGAUAAUCAGUGAGUGCUUAGUACUCUGCUUCUAACCAUUGGGCUUUGGCUCUACGUACUACACAAAAGCAUUCGAAUGUAAGCCUUGCCGACGUGCGAUACAUCAGAUAGGCUUAUUUGAGGGGUUAUCAAUUGCGUGAUCGGUUGGCUCGAGGCCAAAAAUGGGUGAAAAGAAUAUGCACCACAGCUCCUGGAUUCGCGAGAAAUCAUGCGGGAGGCAUAGAGGACUUUCAUCAGCCCGCAACAAUAGCAAGCCUUUGGGAGGAGGAUCAUUAUAAGCAAAAUAGAGAAUUCAUUGGCGGUCGAGAAUAAAUCCAGUUGGCGAUGGCAAUUCUCACAGUCAACACGCUGGCGCUGUCAGAAUUCGGCAGCAGAAUAGCGGAUUCUACCGAUUGCUCCGCCCAAAAAUUCCAUGAGAAUUUGUAUACGGUCUGAUGGAUGUCUGGGUCCAGAGAAACCACAGCGUACAAGCAGAAGCAAAACGCUAUAUUGAACAUCACAUUAAAAGACCUCCUUUCGGCCACUUGAACGAACUUCGCGAUCGCAUGGGGUGCAAACGGACCGACUCCAACAAACGUCGACGAUGGAUGCUUACUGCAAAGAAGGAAAUUAAUGACGUGGGGUAGCCAAUGUCAAUGAUUUGCUUGCCUGCACACAGUAGUUGGCAAAGAACAUGCAAGAAAACAGACCAACAAAAUUAUCCAGGAACAGAACAUAAUGUCCUAGAACGGUCAAUGAAAACACACAGCAUCCUUUUAAAUAUAUGAAUACAAGCAUAUCGACUUAAUAGUUGAACAUAAC